AGGUCAUACAAUUGAGUACUCCUGAUUGGCGAACGUUACAGUGUGUGUGUUUGUGAUUGUGUGCUUGUGUUGAAGUUGUGAGGACCAGAUUUCAGCAGACUGGGGUAUGUAAAAGUGUGUCCUGACCAUGUCUGAAGACAAAAGUGUCAGUAGGCCAGUGACUGCAGCAUUAUUAAACUUUUGUAUGGUUAUGUUUAGACUGUCACAGCACUUGGUUAAGGUUAGCGAAAGGUCGUUGUCUGGAAUAAUAGAGAAAAGGUUCACAGUGACCUCAGACACAACAUGUUUAUUUACAAAAACAUAAUCUUUCCCUAAACUUAACCAAAGUGCUUUUGUUGGCUAAAUCUAGUCUAACAGACUGUGCAUGCAAACCCACAUAUUUUCUGUUGCUGGUUAGUUGUGUGUAAAUGUAAUUUUUUAGGAGACAGGGUUGUAAUAGGUGUGGGGUAAAAACCCAGACAGGACUGAUAAACAAAACUGAAAGUAUUUGUACGAAGAGAAAGAAAAAAAAAAAAAGAGCUCAAGCUGUGCCAACUUUCAUUCUUCACACACCUGCCCAAUCGCAGUGUUACACGGGCACCUGUCUCGCAUUGCUGGUUUUGGAAAGUACAGACGUGGCUGGUUGAGACCUCCAGGGUUUCUGAGACUGUUUGAUGAUGAAGCAGUCGUUUCAUUGGAAGCAGGGAUUCAGAAUGAAAACAACUCUGCGCUAAAAGAGCACAGGUGGCGGUGUCGGUGAGGGCGUGUUGUACAAGGAACCGUGACGUGACACAGGGACAAUCCAUCUCUCAGGGCAGCCCGUCUGAUGUGGAUCAUGCCCCCUAGAUAGCAGCCUCAUCCACCUCUCCACUCCCCCUCCCUGCCCUUGUCCCCCUUCCUCCACCUUCCUGGUCCCAGCGCCACCACUACCACCUGUGUCACCACAGCCAUCAUGCCCCCCAGGAAGAGGACGCGGCCAGGCCUUGGCUUCCUUUGCUGCUUCGGUAGCAGCGAGCCCCCAGAGAUUAACUUGAAGGACAGUGUGCCUCUGCAGCUGCUGGAGUUCAGCGCCCCCAUGCCACCGGCUGAGGAGCUGCAUGCACGUUUUUCCGAACUGGUGGAUGAACUGGACCUGACGGAUAAGAACAGGGAGGCCAUGUUUGCUCUGCCUGAUGAGAAGAAAUGGCAAAUCUACUGCAGCAAGAAGAAGGAGCAAGAGGACCCCAACAAGCUGGCCACCAGCUGGCCCGACUACUACAUUGACCGCAUCAACUCCAUGGCUGCUAUGCAGACCCUGUUUGCCUUUGACGAGGAGGAAAUGGAAAUGAGGAACAAGGUGGUGGAAGAUCUGAAGACAGCACUUCGGACUCAGCCAAUGAGGUUUGUCACACGCUUUAUUGAGCUGGACGGCCUCACCUGCCUCCUCAACUUCCUGCGCAGCAUGGACUACGAGACCUCAGAGAGCCGCGUCCACACCUCCGUCAUCGGCUGUAUCAAGGCCCUGAUGAACAACUCGCAGGGCCGCGCCCACGUCCUCGCCCACCCGCAGAGCAUCAACACCAUCUCACAGAGCCUGCGGACGGAGAACAUCAAGACCAAAGUGGCGGUGCUGGAGAUCCUCGGGGCGGUGUGCCUCGUGCCUGACGGACACAAGAAGGUGCUGCAGGCCAUGGCACACUACCAGAAAUACGCUGCCGAGAGGACUCGCUUCCAGACGCUGCUGAAUGAGCUGGACAGGAGUACAGGCCGCUACAGAGACGAGGUCAACUUGAAGACAGCCAUCAUGUCAUUCAUCAAUGCUGUGCUGAACGCUGGAGCUGGGGAGGACAACCUGGAGUUUCGCCUCCACCUAAGGUACGAGUUCCUGAUGUUAGGCAUCCAGCCAGUCAUCGACAAGCUCAGAGAACAUGAAAACGCCACCCUGGAUAGGCAUUUGGACUUCUUUGAGAUGGUGCGGAAUGAAGAUGACUCAGAGCUGGCCAAAAGAUUUGAUAUGACCCAUCUAGAUACUAAGAGUGCCGGUGCCAUGUUUGAGCUGAUCAAGAAGAAGCUGAGCCACACGGAUUCCUACCCCCACCUCCUCUCCAUCCUCCAACACUGCCUGCAGAUGCCCUAUAAGCGUGGUGGUGGCAGCCUGCAGCACUGGCAGCUCUUAGACAGGAUCCUCCAGCAGAUAGUCCUACAGGACGACAAGGGAGAAGACCCCGAUGUUGCCCCUCUGGACAACUUCAGUGUUAAGAACAUCAUUCGCAUGUUGGUUAAUGAGAAUGAGGUGAAACAGUGGCGAGACCAGGCAGAGAAGUUCAGGAAAGAUCACGUAGAGCUGCUAGGUAAACUAGAGAGGAAGGAGCGAGAGUGUGAAACCAAGACCCAGGAAAAGGAGGAGAUGAUGAAGACUUUGAACAAGAUGAAGGACAAACUGCAGCGUGAGGGUGUGGAGCUGCGCUCAGCCAGGGAACAAGUCCUGGACCUGUCGUCACGCAUCAGCGACAUAGCUGGUGGCAGCGUGUCUUUCCCACCUCCUCCACCCCCUGGCGGCCCCGUGGCCCCACCUCCGCCACCUAUGAUCGGUGGCUUCCCUCCGCCACCUCCUCCGCUACCGUUUAGCUGCCCGCCUCCUCCGCCUCCUCCUCCCCCACCGGGUGCCCCGCCUCCUCCUCCAGGCGCCCCUCCCAUUUUUGGAGCCCCGCCUCCUCCUAUCCCCUGUUCCUUCAACUCAGCGACCACCAUGCGUUCCAAGUCCAUCCCUCAGCCUUCUCAUCCCCUGAAGUCCUUCAACUGGUCCAAACUAGGAGAGAAUGUGAUCAAUGGCACCAUCUGGAGCGACAUUGAUGACCUGAGAGCCUUCAAGAUUCUUGACCUCAAGGACAUAGAGAAGAUGUUUUCAGCCUAUCAGAGACAGCAGGACCUGCUCACUAACCAAUCCUUCAAACAGAAAGAGACGGGCUCUAUGGAUGACAUAUAUGUCAGCACACGGAAGGUCAAAGAGCUGUCAGUCAUCGACGGUAGACGUGCACAGAAUUGUGUCAUCCUGCUUUCAAAGUUAAAAAUGAGCAAUGAAGAGAUUAAGAGGGCGAUCCUUGAGAUGGACGAGAGGGAGGAGCUAGCCAAAGACAUGCUGGAGCAGCUGCUGAAGUUUGUCCCCGAGAAAAGUGACAUUGAUCUGUUGGAGGAGCACAAACACGAGCUGGAGCGCAUGGCCCGGGCCGAUCGCUUCCUCUUUGAAAUGAGCAGAAUUGACCACUACCAGCAGAGGCUGCAGGCUCUGUUCUUUAAGAAGAAGUUUGCAGAACGUCUGGGUGAAGCCAAGCCUAAAGUUGAAGCCAUCCUGAACGCGUCCAAGGAGGUGGUUCGGAGCAAGCGGCUGACUCAGAUCCUGGAGGUGGUACUGGCCUUCGGUAACUUCAUGAACAAGGGCCAGAGAGGCAAUGCCUACGGCUUCAAGGUCUCCAGCCUCAACAAGAUCGCUGACACCAAGUCCAGCAUAGACAGGAGCAUCACCAUGUUGCACUACCUGAUCAUGAUCUUUGAGAAGAACUACCCAGACACGUUACACGUCCAGGGGGACCUCAGCAGUGUACCAGAGGCUGCCAAAGUCAAUUUGGCUGAGUUGGAAAAAGAGGUACACAAUAUCAAAAGUGGACUAAAGGCUCUCGAGGCGGAGCUCCACUACCAGCAGAGCAGGACGAGGGAACGUGGGGAUAAGUUUGUGGCUGUGAUCAGUGACUUCAUCACCGUGGCUGGCUUUAGCUUCUCUGAACUGGAGGACCAGCUGAGUGAAGCCAAGGAAAAGUUUUCCAAAUCUCUGAAGCACUUUGGGGAGGACGAAGGGAGGAUGCAACCUGAUGAGUUCUUCGGGAUCUUCGACACCUUUUUACAGUCGUUCAGUGAAGCACGGCAAGACCUGGAGAACAUGCAGCGACGCAAGGAUGAGGAGGAGAGGAGGGCACGAAUGGAGGCCAUGCUCAAAGAGCAGAGGGAGCGGGAACGGCGGGCCAAGAAGAGCGGAGCCUCAGACGAGGUCGGCGGCGAGUUCGACGACCUGGUCUCGGCGUUGCGUUCCGGCGAGGUCUUCGACAAAGACCUGAACAAGUUCAAGCGUAACCGCAAGCGUUCCGUAAACCAGCUGGUGGAGGGUGGCGGCCGCGAACGAGCUGUCACCAAGGUCAACUACUAGGCUGGGGAAAAGGAUGGGGAAAAACACUAUAGACCUAAAUUCUGCCGCGGUGUAGAUUUCUUAGCACCUUUAGUCCAGGUCCUCGAACGGUGACCAUUGACAUUGGAGAGAAUGUAAAUAAUGGCUGGACUGGACAUGGAGUGACAUGUAUGGACAGCCACGCCAUUUUGAAGGAUGAAACACUCUCCUCUGAUUGGUCUUGUAGAGCUAUUUCCAACCUGUUACUCCUGGAAGUGUGAUCUCCUGAGCUGGACAAAGGACAAUUAAGGUCGAUGGAUGGAUUGAUGGAUGAAUGGAUGGACAGACCACUGUGACACAUUAUCCCAUGUCUUUUGACCAUAUCCUUUUAACACUGUGUUCAAGCUUCUGGUAGUCUUUCUCUCCAUUUCUCACUGCUCCUCUUUCCUUACAAACACCCGCUUUUCCUCAGUCAGUAAGUUCUUUGGUGCUGGAUCAGCCCGGACAGAACCUGAAGAAAAAAAAAAAAAAAGAAGAAGAAGGUGGAAAGGGGGAACUAAGCCAUAACCUCCACAGUCAUGGUUGCUUCAAGUGUCCCUCAGAAAAGAGAGUUCUCUGCCACAGAAUGGAUGGAUAUUCACCAACUUCUUUUACUGCAAAGCAGGACAUGGAGUCACCGCAUCCCAGAAUUCUUUGUAGGCUUCAGAAAGACUGGAGGAAGGACAGAUAAUGACGGGGAUCCAUCCCAGUGGCCUCCUCCAGCGCACAGCAUUCCGGGGCGGGAUGUACGUACAUCCCACGCUGCAAUUUCAGAGGAUACAACUCUUCUCAAGGAAAAAAAAAAGAAAAACCACAACUUCUCAGCUUGAUCCACCUGACAAAACGAUGACUGUGCCACAAGGGUCAAGCCUCACCUACACUCUUCAGUGAGUUCAACAUCAUUGUUCUGGCAUAAACCAGUGCCAAAGCAAAGAGAAAACAAAUGUAAAUGUAUUAAUACAAAACAUACUGCAAUUAGGCCUUGAUAUAUAUAUAUAUAUAUAUAUAUUUAUAUUUAGAAGCAGACAAGCUAAUUGCAAAGAUGUAGAGGUUUUUUUUAUGUUUUCAUGGCAUUUUGGGGUUUUGUACACGCAAUGCAUUAUUUGUUGGUGUUGCAAGUUCACAUUGCUGUUGAAGUGAAUUUCUAUACAUUUUGCGCUUUAUGUAAAAAGAAAAAAAAAACAAAAAGAUAAUUGCUCGUCCUUUUCACACCUGUACGUCUUGUUUGCACUGUAGCUUUUCUGACAAACUUUACACUCAUAGGUUUCCACAAGGCGAUCCACCGUGUCCCUCUGGAGAAAGUCCUCUCUGUUCUUAAAUUACCUUUAUCUAAAACAAAGGUGAUGAAAGAACGCCAUGUAUUCAUUUAAUCUGAAAGGCACAGUCUGCAAAUUAGUUUACAAAGCUCUCUCCCUGCUCAGCCGUCAGUUCGCCCGAUACGCAUCUGAAUGUGUCUACACUGUGUAUUCUGCUCUAUAGGCUGCAAUAAAAUGCAGCCCACACGGACCCUCAGUAGGAUCCAAAAGGAUGCUGCACAGCGGUUCUCCUUUAAUGACUGUCAUCCAUAGCAUGUGUGGGAUCUUCUUCAUUGGUGCUAAAACAUGUGGUCUCUACACAGAGCCAUGAGCCUAGUUGAGGAGUUUUACCCUCAACUCAAGUUAAACCAGUGCUUGAUCUCUUCAUCAGAGAGUAUCUGUGUUUUUAUUUCAGACCAUAGUGUAACAUCAGACCACCCCAUGUACUGAGUCUGUUACUGCAAAUUCAAGGUACAACAAAGCACUUACAGCGUGGAGAAAUUUCUUAUUGUGGCUCGAUGCAAAUGUUCAGGGUUCUUUACUGGUUCACACUGACAGGACACUAAGAGGAGGACAGCAGCCUCAGAGAACAUCUUAGGAAACAGUCCUUACUUCCAUCUUUCCUUCCAGCUUCUCUCAAGUAUUUGUUUACAUGGGGUUAGACCCUGUUUCUAUGAGCAGUUCAUUACUGCAACCCUGAGGACAAGCAGUGGGCAUGAAAAACGCUGGAAUGUAUGUGUUUACCUCAGUGAAACAUUUAAAUCUUCUUGAAGAUGGACACACAGUAGCUUGCUACAGAGAAGGGCUGGAAGCGUACCCACAGAGAGGCCUCUAAUCCUGGGGUGAGCUCUCUGUUAUGGGUCGGAUGUCUCCUGCUCUUGGUGCUCAGGAAGAUAAGGAAGCUGAUUGGUUCACAUCAUCAGAUGACAGGGAGGAUCAGUUUAUACGAACCUACGUCUCCAUGUAAGCAGGCAGAGGGCCAACCACACAUGAAGUUUAAAUGAAACAUCACUAGCUUAGUUUAUGAUUGUAUUUAGCUUCAGUUUGAUUCCAUUGUUGUUCCUUUCCUCAUUCACCAACACCUCAAAAUAGAAAUCCUCCCACUGCACUGGAUUCAGUAAGCAAAUGGUACAUUUUCAGAAAUGUUACAAAACACAAGUUUCCAAGUGAAUUUUGUUACUGAAAAUCUUUUUGAACUUCUAGUAAUUCUGAAUGAUCUUGUAGACGUGCUACUUAACACCCACAACCUUAUGUAUUUACAUGUAUCUCUAGUAGUGACUCUCCCAGUGAGUCCUUGUCCAUUCAUUCUGCCAGCUGUUCUGUUCUUAAACACACUGUAACUUUCACCUUUAAGUGCCUCUGACCCUGUUUUCACACGUGCACCGUUCCUGUUAGUGUGUUUCUGUACUCGUGACUUUCCAAAACAUGCACAGUAUUUCCAUGAAACGAGGCGUACAGUUGGAGUUAGACUAAGUGGCACCAUCUUGUGGCUCCCCAUAGUUCAUUUUGUGUUAGACCUGACAUCACAAGCCAUUACGAGCAGCUCUCCUCUCCUUAGCAUUAACAUGAUGUGACCCCUGACCCCGGCUCUAGGCACAAUAACUCACCACUGUUUCCUAAAUAACUCCAUCAUGUGUUCUUCAGUGUGGCUGACAUGUCUUCAGAGAGUGUUUACCUUUUACCUGUACUGAGAAAAUCCCACUGCAUUUUCUCCUAAAGCUUUAAUUUAGCUCUGACCACUUAUUUCACAGAGACGCAGCACAUCCUGUCACAGGUUUAUUCUUUGGAUUUUUCCUCCACAAACUGAAGCAGAGAGAAGCUGGUGUGAGGUUGAAAAGAUGAUCUGAGACAGUGCAUAGAGGAUCUUGGAGUUCCCAUGUCCAACACUUUAGAGAAUAACUGGUAAACCAAAUAGAUUCAAACUUUCAGACACUUUAAAAAAUAAUCUGAAAAGCUCCUAAAGUCCUGAGGGGGAAAUGUCAUAUGACUGCUUGUUCUUUAACCAGCAAUCUCAUGUAUAUUUGAGCUAAUCUAUUUUUUCACCUCUGCUCCUUUGUCUUUCAGGUUAAUCAGAGUUAGUAUAUCAGACUUUGGCAGACCCUUUAAACUCUUAAUCCAGAGCUUUAACCCGUAUUGUAGUGCAGACUAUUUACUGAGGGGUAUUGCAACAUUGUCAGUAUUAUAACAUGUUUGUGUUGUUACAUGUUUGGAUGUUUAUUUGGCCAUUGACUGGCUGAUUUUGGAGCAUAAAGAUGGAAAUCAGAGGAAUGAAAUUAGUAGCUUGUUCGAUGCACUUUUACUAUGGGACAUUUCCAUUUGCAGCACCAUGUUGAGGGCUAACAUGCCUCUGAAAUGAUAAGGAUGCAACGGAAGAGUGAUGCACAAAAAAAAAAAAACAAGGUGUGAAGAG